AUGGCGAAGAAUUCAACAAGUGUUGAAGGUGAUAAUAAUGAAAAGAUCUUUUACGAGAAAGUAGAUGAAUAUAUUUAUUCAUUACACAAAAAUUAUCGUAAAAAAUGUGCUAUUAAACAACAAGUGUAUAAUGAUAUCCUAAAAUGUUUGCUGUUACCAAAAGGAACAUCAUCUAAUCUAUAUUCAUCGAAAUUUGUUUACUGGACAAAAUGUCAUUUUAAUUUAGUUAAAAUUGCUGGAAUUGAUAUUGUUUUUUGUGUUAAGUUAAAAAAACCAGUGUGUAUUUACGAAACAUUUUAUACUGUCAUAUCUGAAGCACAUAUUGCUGUUUCACAUGGUGGUCAUGAAAAGACCUAUUUUGAAAUAACUUCUCAAUAUCCAUGGAUUCCCCGAUCUUGUAUUGAAAUAUUUUUAAAACAAUGUAUUCCAUGUCAAACCAGAAAACCAAUUAAACAUCAUAUCGUUUCGAAACCAAUAAUUUCCUUAGGAGGAAGGUCGAGACAUCCACAAAGCCAAGGAUGUAUCGAAAGAGAAAAUGGAGUUUUGUCCGAUGCUCUCAGCAAAUAUGUGUGUACCAACAAUUCAUCUAGUUGGUCUGAUGCUUUAUUACCUGUUGUUUACGGUAUAAAUACAAGAAAGUCCACUGUAACCAAAACCAUUCCAUAUGAAGUCAUGUUUGGACAACCACCACGUUCAGAUUCGGAUUUUUGGAAGUUAGUUCAGCAAGGUGGUAUUGAAGAUGAAAAAGAUCUUCCUACUCCAGUGGGUGAGUCAAAUGAUGAUUUAGUAGAUGAUACACUUGAUAAUCCAAUUAAUUUCGACGAACGUAUUGAUUUUGAAGUUAUUGAUCUUCUUAACCAAUUAUCUGAUAAUGUUACCUCUUGUUCAACAAUUGAUACAUCAUCAAAAUUAAUUAAUACACCAUCAAGAUCAUCAUUAGCUGUAGCAACAACAUCAUACAAACAUACAAAUAAUUUUAAUUUAAAUGAUUGUGUUGGAAUAGCAAUACAUCCAGUUGAUCGAACAAACACCGAUCCAAAAUAUUUGCCAUGUCUUAUUAUCGAAAAAACUGAAAAAAAUAAUCUUUUUUUAUAUAAAUUAACAUGCCAAUAUGGUGUUCUGGAGAACAUAUUCGAAGUUGGACAAUUUGUGAAUUUGAAAGAUGCUUGUCCCGAUGAAUUGAAACAAAUAGAUGUUGGUUAUUUAAAAUCCAUCACUCUUAUUGAAGCAUCAAAACUUUAUUCUCGUGGCUCUACAACUGGACACACAUGUAACUGUCGUGGCAAAUGUGCAAAUAAAACGUGUCCAUGUAAGAAACAAAAUGUGUUCUGCUCUACCAAAUGCCGUUCAAAGAGAGGUGCAUGUUCAAACAUGGAUUAGAUUAGUUUACGACUUAUAUAAUAUUUGUUAAAAAUUUUUGUAAAAUAAAAAAAUUGAGGGUACUUUAAUUAUUGGUCUUUCUUUACUUUUUUCUAUUCAUUAAAAAAUUAUUCCAAUUUGGUCUAGUCCAAAUUAGAAUUCCAAUUUGGUCUAGACGAAAUUAGAAUUCCAACUUCGUCUGGACGAAUUUAGAAUUGGGCUGAAUUCUAAGUUCGGCCACAACAUAUAUAUGCGAAACAAUAAUGCCACUAAAAUUGGGCUCUGACAUGCUUCAACAGAAAUUCUAAUGAAUAUUGAUUCAACAUCAGUGUGUGACAGAGACCGAAGACGAGUCGAGUACUCGACAAAUCGACUCGACUCGACUCGACUCGACUAAAUGCCGAGUCGAGUCGAGUCGAGUUAAAGAUUUUGCGAGAUGUGUCGAGUCGAGUCGAGUCGAGUCUGCUCUCUUUGACU